GUUCACUUAUCCAUAAUGGGGGACAGAAAGCACAAACAAAGCAAGGCGGAUAUAGCGAAGCAAUUCGAGCUGCCUGAGCGGCAGUCGAAGAUCACCACGCUGCUCAAUCAGGCCGGUCAGGCGUACUGUAUUUGUCGCUCGUCGGACAGCUCACGGUUUAUGAUAGCAUGUGACGCAUGUGAAGAAUGGUACCAUGGAGAUUGCAUCAACAUAUCUGAGCGUGAAGCCAAGUACAUCAAGACAUACUUUUGUGACCGCUGCAGGGAGGAAGAUCCAACUUUGAAAACUAGAUUUAGACCACAGAAGAGGGAGAAUGAUGGAGACUCAGGUCGUGACGACAGAAAGAAGAAGCGCAAAGAGAAAGACCAUUCGGAGAAUAAGUCCUCCAAGAGACCUAGUAUCAAGGAUGGCUGUGGAGACUGUCCAGGGUGCUUACAGCUCGCAGAUUGUGGGCACUGUGACGCAUGUGAAGACAUGUACAAAUACGGAGGCAGCAACAAGGUGAAGGCCAAAUGUAAACAGAGGAUAUGCAUCAAGAGCAAAGAGAGAAAGUCUACCAAACAAUCCAGCAGCAACAGAGGAAAAAAGAAGCACCACGAACGUGAAACGUACGAGCCUGAAGAAUCAAUAGCGCAUCUGCAAACCAGCGAGGCGCGGCAGUGCUACGGCCCACAGUGCACUCGCGCCGCGCAGUACGGCUCCAAGUACUGCUCUGCACAGUGCGGGAUAAGGCUGGCCACUGCGAGGAUUUACCAGGUCCUACCCCAACGCAUCCAAGAAUGGUCGCUUUCCAGUUGCAUGGUGGAACAGAAGAACCGUAAGGCGUUGGAGGUGGUCCGCAGCGGGCUGCAGCGUGCGCAGGCUUCGCUAAGGGCGCUCGACAAGCAGCACACAGAAUUGGACGCUUUGAUCGCACGCGCCAAGAAUGUCACUAUCGUGCAUAGCGACGAGAAGGAAACAGACGAAGAAACAACAAUGUACUGCAUAACUUGCGGUCACGAGAUCCAUUCGCGCACGGCGGUCAAGCACAUGGAAAAAUGCUUUAUCAAAUACGAGGCCCAGGCGUCCUUCGGCAGUCGGCACCGCACCCGUAUAGACGCACAGAGCAUGUUCUGCGAUUAUUAUAACCCAAAUAAUGGAACCUACUGCAAACGUUUGAGGGUAAUGUGUCCUGAGCACUUCAAAGAUCCAAAAGUGAGCGAUUCGGACGUCUGCGGCUGCCCUCUAGUUCGCAACGUGUUCGAACCGACAGGCGAGUUCUGCCGCGCCCCGAAGAAGGCCUGCCUUAAGCACUACCAGUGGGAGAAGCUGAGACGCGCUGAGAUCGACAUGGAACGAGUGCGUCAGUGGUUGAAGUUGGACGAGUUGGUCGAACAGGAACGGAGUAUUCGACUUGCCAUGGCUUCUAGAGCGGGUGUACUUGGUUUGAUGUUACAUUCAACCUACAAUCAUGAAGUAAUGGAGCGGAUCACCGGCAAAGCGAAUGAGAACGGGAAAGUCAAAGAAGGCUCUUGACAUAGACCACGUAGGGACCGCCCUACAGAUCACUUAAGAGACCACCAUCUAACACGUCAGACCAUAAUACGAGACCCAUCACCAAGAGAAUCGCUAAGAGAACAUGCCAAUAAUGACACGUCUAGUGAUCCAUCAAACAGGGAGACCAAGAUAGAAUCAUCUAGAAGCCACCCAAACAGAGAACAUACCGAAAGAAAUCCAUCUACCAGCGAACCAAUUAAAAACCAGACUGCAAGACACACGCCUAUAAAUCAGCCAAUUGCCGAACCACCUGGAAAUAUGCCAGUCAAACAGCAGACAAUAAGAGAUUCGUCUCAGUUUAUGAAAAACCAGCUAAUAAGAGACCAAUUGUUUAUGCGUGAUCCAUCAAAACCUAGAACCAGACCACGUGUAAAACAUACAGAGAGAUUGAAAGAAUUUGCUAAUGUUAUUGAUGAAAAAGCCCUAGAGAUACAAGGUAAAGUAAAAAUUAACACUCAAAAUACGAAACCACAGACAGCUACUUCAGCUAGUUCAAUAAAUACGCAGCCAACUUCAAGUCGGAUAGGAGGUCAAAUAACUAAAAAUCGGUUAUCGGAGGAUGAAUUAAUACACUACCAGUUAUCUCAGGAUCAAGACAGCCAGGAACCUGAUGAACCACCCUGUGAGCAACUUACUGAAAAUCAA